AUGCUUCUCCCCAACUCCCCCCUCCACCUCAUCACCCUCCUCUCCGUCUCCCUCCCCCUCCUCCCCUUCACCACCGCAACCACAGCAGCAGCAGAUCUCGAAGAAAGAAUCCCAGAACCCAGCUUCGCCCCCGUAGCAGCAGCAGCAAGCUACGUCCCCGCCGCCCAAAGCGCGGCAGCAGGUGCGUACGACGGAUCAUAUGGUGGGCACUCACAAGCAGCAGCAGGUUCCUGGGCACCAGCGCCUGCGGCCUCACAAGCCGGCUCACAAGCCGCUGGGUCCUGGGCUCCCGCUCCCUCACAAGCAGGCUCAUGGGCGCCUUCACAACCCGGUUCAUGGGCGCCCUCCGCUCUGGCCUCAGCGGCGGGUUCAUGGGCGCCCUCGCAGCCCGCCUCGUGGGCCCCGGGACAUUCUUCUGGACCGGGAUAUUCGGGCCCCGUGCCUGGACAAGGACCCGCGCCUUCCGCGGUAGCGCCGUGCUGUUCUGCGCAGCCGGCCGUUUCGAUUUCGCAGCAUCCGGUUUACACCCAAGGACCGGUUUCUGCUCCACCGCCUUCGCACGCCCCCUCAGCCCCUCCGCCAACAACCACACUAAUCCCCGCGGCCUCGACGACGACGGAGCUUUCGAGCAUCGGGCCGGCGUUUACGCAGGUGGAGAAUGCCGCCGCUUUAGGCAGGAAGUUGGGGGCGGGAGGGGUGUUGGGGGUGCUGGGGGUGGGUAUGAUGUUUAUUUAG